CUCAAAAUCUCAAUUCGUCGCUCGUGGCGCUCCCGCGCGGCACCGUCGCAGAUUACUUUCCCCGCCGAAAUUCCCUCCCUCGUUUUCAUUCCCUCGCUCCGCGAUAUCCACGCACGCUCCGGAGUCCAAAAAUGUCUUCCGUGUAAAACGGGCCUAAGGAUAUAUAUGCGUAUUUUAAUGCCUUCCCGAACCCUUCGUCAGCUGCACCAUCUACGAUGGCCGAUAGUCGAAGGUUUCGAUAUUUCGGUUGUGGUUACUUUAAUUUAUUGACAAAAAUGUAAUACCCUCUAUUUUUAAUUGGCCAUGUUACCUCCGCUCGCGGCAUGAUAAUAAACACUCCGCUCGCGUUUAUGUUGUUUCCAAUAUAAAUAACCGCGCGUGCUUUUAUUCAAGAUUCCCCGAUCUGACAUCGACGCGAAGAUGUCUUCGAAGAGUGAAUUAAAAAAGCUAUCAGAGGAAAGUCUGACGAGACAACCUGAGGAAGUGUUCGACAUUAUAUGCAAACUAGGGGAAGGUUCUUAUGGAUCGGUUUACAAAGCUUUGCAUAAGGAAAGUGGACAAGUGCUUGCUAUUAAACAAGUACCAGUGGAUACGGAUUUGCAAGAGAUCAUUAAGGAAAUCUCAAUUAUGCAACAAUGUGACUCUCCUUAUGUUGUUAAAUAUUAUGGAAGUUACUUUAAGAAUACAGAUUUAUGGAUUGUAAUGGAAUAUUGUGGAGCAGGGUCUGUUAGCGAUAUAAUGAGGUUAAGGAAGAAAACUCUGCAAGAGGAUGAGAUUGCAACAAUCCUGAGCGAUACCCUGAAAGGACUGGAGUACUUGCACUUGAGAAGGAAAAUCCACAGGGAUAUCAAGGCUGGAAAUAUUCUCCUGAACAAUGAAGGCCACGCAAAACUGGCAGAUUUUGGUGUGGCUGGUCAAUUAACGGAUACCAUGGCUAAACGCAACACAGUUAUCGGUACGCCAUUCUGGAUGGCACCAGAAGUGAUACAAGAGAUUGGUUACGAUUGCGUCGCCGAUAUAUGGUCACUCGGUAUCACAGCCUUGGAAAUGGCUGAGGGCAAGCCACCAUACGGCGACAUACAUCCGAUGAGGGCGAUAUUUAUGAUCCCGACUAAACCGCCGCCUAGUUUUAGAGAACCUGAUCAGUGGAGUCCAGAAUUCAUCGACUUUGUCAGUGGGUGCCUUGUAAAAAAUCCGGAAGAGAGAGCUACCGCGACCGAACUUUUACACCACGAAUUCAUAGGUAACGCUAAGCAGCCGAGUAUCCUGAAUCAAAUGAUCGCUGAGGCUCAUGAGAUACGAGAGAAGCAAAGUGCGCAUAGAGCUGUUAUAAACAACGUGGCGAUUAAAAGUCAAAACCAGGCAGAUGAUUCGGAUGAGGACGAUUGCAGUGGAACGAUGAAGCCGCUACCGGAGGACAGUAGAACUCUAGUGCCAAGUCACGAUCUUCCAGACACGGGUACUUUAGUUUCGGCCAUGUUGGACUUGGGUACGAUGGUCAUCAAUAGCGACACCGAUACCGAAGCUACCAUGAAGAGACACAAUACUGGCUCUGUGGAAUCCGGCAAGAAAUAUCGACCCUUAUUCUUAGAUCAUUUUGAUAAGAAAGAAGCACCAGAAAUCGGCAAGGGCAAUGGACAGAUAUUGGGAGCGCAUAAUGCAGAGAACGCGAACAAAUUGGAGCUGCAAAGUCCCACCGAAUCUCAAAGAUUUCAGAGUCAUCUGCAACUACAGUUAAAUCAGAUAUCCCAUCCUGUGCCGGAGCAACCUCACAACAACAUAUCCAAGUUCCAAAACGUCUUCACGGAACGUGACUUCGAUUUUAUAAACAACCAUGUCCUGCAGCUGAAGUUUCUCUCCUACGAGGAACUGCAGCAACGGAUGGCUAGUCUGGACGCGGAGAUGGAGCGGGAGAUCGACGAGCUGAGAAAAAGGUAUCAGACAAAGAGACAGCCUAUUCUCGAUGCCAUGGACACCAAACGGAAGCGCCAGCAGAACUUCUAACAGUUCGGUUUCCUUCUCCACGCGAACGAGUGACGACGAUAGAUAAGAGAGAAAGAGAGAGAGAGAGAGAGAGAGAGAGAAAGAGAGAGAGAGAGAGAGAGAGAGAGGGUGUACAGUUGUAUAAAUGAAUAGAUUUUAUUCACGUCAUCCCUGGUUUCAUCAAAGAGAAGAACAUUGCUGCUCACACCGUGAAUAUCUUACCUCAAGUAACGGACAAGAGACGAGAGACGUAGCGAGAUCGUGAAUGUUUCCUGUUUAUCCGUAAAAUCAAUGUUGCUUUUCUUUAUGAAUCUGGGGUGUUCUAGCUAGUAAUAGCUAAUAGCCUCACGUCACCAAUGUAAAUUAUUUUACGCGAUUUAGUGACGGAACAACCAUUAUACUUAAUUUUUGUAUUAUGUUUACCUAUUUACUGUUAAAUAUAUCCUAUUCUUGUAGAAAUAUUGCCGGGCCCGUUAGGGCCCGUUAGAAAGUGAAGGAAGAGGGAUAUGCAAUUAGAGAGAUAUUGCAGAGAGCAAACGCAUCAUGAUUACAAUCGUUGAAAUCGAAAGAGAGAGAGAGAGAGAGA